AUGUCGCAAGUUUCCGAUUUUAUCAAGGACUCGAAGCUACACACCAAGUUCGAGUCAGAGCUUAUAACACACACCUUUCUUGAAUCCACAACCAUCGCUGGUCGUCGUGGGAGGCGCCGUGAGCGCAACGAAGUAUGGAAACGAAAGCGGCACCUUGGAAUUGGCAUAUUUGGUACGGUCUGGCUGGAGGAAUGCGUGAGUGAGGGCAAGUUGCGGGCUGUCAAGGAAGUUCGCAAGUCGGCCCCGUCCUUGGAGUCGAUAGAUUUCAAUCGCGAAUUGGAGGCUAUUGCUCGUUUCUCGCAGCAGAAGUAUGACGGCUGCUUCGUGAAGUCUUCGGGUUGGUUUGAGAAUACUAAAUCUCUGUUUAUUGCAAUGGAGUAUCUGCCUCUCGGUGAUUUGGGAAAUUAUAUGACGCAGCUAUUUCGUGAAAAUGAAACACAGCAGAUUGCCUUCCAGCUUCUCGAGGGUCUUGACUUUAUGCAUAGCAAUGGGUUCGUUCACCGUGAUCUGAAGCCACAGAACAUUUUUGUUCUAUCUAUAGGCCCGGACUGGUGGGUCAAGAUCGGCGACUUUGGCAUCAGCAAACGCGUAAUGGAAGGGUUCAUGGGUUUACAAACGUUUAACGAAAUGCCGGCUUUCACUGCUCCCGAAAUCUAUAAAAAUAUUUGGGAACCAUCAGAGGAAAUUCGGAUUUUGGGGUCAGAACUCAACCCCAAGGUUGACAUAUGGGCUCUGGGUGUGGUAGCUUACAACAUGCUCACUGGAAAACUCCCUUUCUCCGGAAAAGUUGAUUUGCUUGACUACUACAAAGGCAAUGCAAAUCUUCCCUUCGACUCAUCCCGAUCUCCAGUCAGCUCAGAAGCGACAUCCUUUUUGGUGGACCUGAUAGCAGCACAGCCAUCAGAUCGGCCUACUGCCAAAGAUGCUCUGGACUAUGCCUGGCUGGUACCUAUGUUACAAGAUUCGGAGUUUGAUAGAACCGACCAGUCCAUUCCAACUACUCAAGAUACACCUGAAGUUGCUUCACAGUCGCACGUUUGCCCCGGGUCCCGAGAUUCUAUGAUCCCCGGUAAGGUCGACUUGGGCAACAAUCUUCCAAGGACAAUCCCCAAAUUACAAAUGACACAGCAUAUGUCUAUCUCACCAGCUAGUCUGGGGCUAGAUGGGGAUACUUAUAAAGAACUCGUCAAUACCCUGAACAACGCUAGGCUAGCGACCCCAACUCCGAGCCCUACAGCUGCUUCAACGUCAAUAAACCACGGUCACCCAGCUUCAGACACCGAGUCAAUUGCGCGGUCUAAUAAUAGCGGCUCUCAAAGCAGCGAGUCCAAACUUGACACUCAGCCUCAACAUCUCUUUUCAAGCAAAUCACCAAGCGAUGUCCUUCCGCCAUACGCCCGCCGAAGAUCCGACGCAGCGCCCAUUCCAAUAUCAGAACUUUCCUAUCCAACGCCAGAACCUGAAAGUCCGGCCUCGAGAAGCUCUAGUACAAGCAACAAGCAUAGUCCAGUCCGGUUCUCCAAGAUCAGACACGCGUCUCGUGAGAUUAUGCCUAAACGAAGUUGUCGCUCUCGGGAAGUGCUUCCUACUUCGCCGGUCUCACCUGAUACGAGGUAG